AUGAAGCGACCAGUUUCACCUAGCGACGACGGUACGAUCGCGGACGCACCACUUGGAGGUACCACCAAUCUCGGCACUCAAAGCAACUCGUACACGCCUUCUCAAGAACCUGAGCUUCACUCCGCACGCGACGACGUAUCGCGCCUGAGCGAGGGCCUUGAGCCGCUUCACCUGGUGGGGCAAGAUGAUCCACAACAGACACAUAACGCAUGCGCAGCAGGAGAGAUUGAUCCGCUUGGACAACAAGUCAAGGAAGUGAUUGCGACGAUCAAUCGACUGGAGGGCCUUGGAUUACAAAGGCUGAAGAUACCUCUGCCAAAAUGCAUAGUUUUGGGGGAACAGUCUACAGGCAAGUCAUCAGUUAUCGAAGCCAUCUCAGGCAUUAAGACACCGAGAGCCGAUGAUACGUGCACCAGGUGCCCACUCUUCAUCAAGCUUGAGCCUUCUGAGGACUCUCGCGCCGGCUGGAGUGCAAGCGUUUCAUUGCGCCGCGGUUUUGGCUACGAUGGUAACAAGAGUCGAGGAUUCGAGCACCGAUUCCCAGGCUGGGUGGAGAUGGCUCGACCAAACGUCGUGCAUUUCGCGGAUACAGAAGACCCGCAUGAGCUGGAGGAUAUCAUCGCACGCGCUCAACUGGCGAUCAUCAACCCUAUGAUGGACUAUACUGACUUCCUUGGAUCGACCGUUGCUACACUUCGAGAGAAGCCGCACUGCGAUUUCAGCCCCAACAUCGUCUGCAUUUCUAUUUCUCAUCCAACACUCCCGGCGCUCAGCUUCUACGACUUGCCAGGUAUUAUCAAUCAAGCAGAAACUCAAGACAAGGAGUUCCUGGUAGAUUUCGUUCGCAACCUUGUGACGGACUAUGUCAAGGAUGAAGAAGCUCUCAUCCUCGUGACCUGCUCGUUAGAUACCGAUAUCGCCAACUCGUCUGCAGGUGGCAUUGCGCGGAAGCUGAACGCUACAGACCGGUGCAUUGGUGUGCUCACUAAGCCAGACCUUAUACCUGAAGGAUCCCGUCACGACAAGCUUAUGGAGGUUUUCGACGAGAAGCGCUUCGCACUGGGGCAUGGCUACUUCGUCGUCAAGAAUCUGAAUCAGGUGGAGAUGGGGCGCGGCCUGACCCAUACGCAAGCUCGGUUCAAAGAGCACCAGUUCUUCAGUCAAGGAACACCCUGGUCAACUGAGUUCAGCCACUAUCAACACCGAUUUGGCACUUUGAACCUGCAAGGCUUCCUUUCCGGAAAGCUUGCUGAGCAGAUGACGAAGAUGCUUCCAAUUAUUGACCAGGAGAUCAAUGCCAGACUGGAACAGGUCCUCGCCGAUCUUCGAGAAUUUCCGGAUCCUCCUACCCACAACGCCCCCAGAAUCAUCUCGGAUGUUGUACUCGACUUCUCACACAAUGUACGCAAGGAGCUGGAGGCUGCAUUUCCUUGCAAGGCGUGGCGCAACAACUGGAGAACACUGCAGAAGGCUUUUUUCGAUGCGCUGGCUAGCAUGAAGCCUACUAUGUCGACAAGCGGAAGCAGGGAUGCGACUGUCUACAUGGAUGUCCUGGGCGCUCAACCCGGCAGCUCAGCUAGCAAGGCUAUUGCUGUUGAUGAUGACGAUGACAACGAGGACUACAUGGACGAUGGAGAUUGCGACACACCCAUGUCUAGCAACCCGGAAACUCCGACCAAGAAGAGAAAGCUCGGUGACGCCCCAGGGCCUUCGCCUGCUAAGACUCCCAGCCGUCGCGGGCCACCAAAGACUACUGAAGGCAGGCCGGCGGUGACAAGCCCGGACUUCAGUGAGCUCAGGAAGAAGUUCUUCCUUGAUCAAGUUACACAACACCUGGCGGAGAACUCACAGAGUAAAGUGCCUGGGCAGAUUGAGCCGCGCGUGGUUGACAACAUGAUGCUCGAAACGCUUGCACAUUGGUCGCAACCGCUUCACGAGUUCUUCAACACACUCGAAGGUCAGAUCGUUGAUCAAAUGAAGGCUGUGUUCCACAAGCACUUCUCCAAGUACCAGGGAUCGACCUUUUACCGUACUGCUUGGCAGAUCGUAGAACAGAUGGUCAGCUUGAACUUUACUGAACAGCGCAACACCAUGGCCAACGAGAGCCUGAAUGACGAGAAGGAAGGUCCUUUUAUCUUCCACGACGAGCUGUUCGAGCUUGAGAAGGAAGCAGUACUAGAACACUAUCGUCAAGCUCGGUUCAAGACUCGCCUUAACAUCUACAAGCGCGAUAGAUUGAAGCGUACAGGGAAAGAGACUACCCCAAAAGAAGAAAACAGGAUGAGUAAGGACGUCAGGGUCAUGGCGGUGUUGAACCAUGAGCCCUACGUUGUCGAGCUAGGAGUUAUCGCGCAAGUCACGACGUACUACAUGCUAGCAGCCCGCCGCUUCCACGACGCUGUGUGUAUGAGGAUCGAGUCGAAAUUCUUCAAGCAGCUUCGCACCCAACUCCCCGACGAACUUGAGAACGGGCUGGGCAUGAACGACGGCAGCGAAGCCUACCACAACGCCGUCCGCCUCCUUUCGGAAUCCGCACACCGUUUCAGUCUACGCAUGGAGCUCAGCGGUCAGCGUGACUCUCUGCUCAAAGGCCAAGAGAUUCUGCGCGACCUCCAGAAUAAGAAGUACGGUACUGCGAAGUUGUCUUCCGCAUCCAACGGUGGUUCUCGCACUCGCCGCUCUAGUGCUUCCGGCGAUAUUCCUACACCGGUUUCGGCAGAGAUGGAGGACGUCGAUAUGGCAGGCGUUUCGCUUCACUAG